CUAAAAGCUCGCAGAAAGCUUCAACGAAUGACGAUGGCAGAUCCCAGCGGCAACAAACAGCUGGAGCAGUUCUCCCAUGCACUGCAUGAGCUUUUAAGCACUGCAAAUCCAGGCAAGAAUCUCAUCUACUCACCGCUGUCCAUACAAAUGUGUGUGGCCAUGGUGCGCAUGGGCGCGGAGGAGGGCACGGCCACUGCCAGGGAACUGGACGAGGGACUGCGGCUGAGUAGCAGCAAUGUGGACAAGAUUGCCGAUGGCUUUGAGGCCUCACUCUCCUCCCUUCGUAAAUGCAAGGCCCUCAAGCUGGCCAACAGAUUGUUCAUCCAAAAGAAUUGCAAGCCCAAUCAGCGAUUUGCCAGCUUGUUGGAAAAGAAAUUCCACUCCAAGCCGCAGAGCCUCGACUUUGGUAGCAGCUCAGCGGCGGACAGCAUCAACAGUUGGGUGGAGCAGGAGACCAACAAACUCAUCCAGAACAUUGUCAGCCCGGGAGUCCUGAACGACGGCGCUCGCCUGGUGCUUGUCAAUGCCAUUUACUUCAAGGGCGUGUGGUCCAUAAAAUUCGAUGAGGAGGACACACAGCAGGAGGAUUUCUUCCCAGAACAAGGCAAUCCCUUCAAGGUGUCCAUGAUGAGGGUUGUGCAUAAUUUUCUGUACGCGGAACUGGCCCAACUGGGUGCCACAGCAAUCAAAAUGUUGUACACAGACUGCGAUCUGUGCAUGAUUAUUAUUUUGCCCAACGAGAAUGCGGGUCUGAAGAGUGUGGAGCAGAAGCUGUCGAGCACUUCCUUACAGGUCAUCGCAGGGGAAAUGUCGCGCACCAAAGUGGAUGUCAGGCUGCCAAAGUUUAGAGUGGAGUUCGAGCAGGAGUUGUCUUCGGCCUUUAAAAAGCUGGGCGUUAGGCGCAUAUUCAGCGACGAAGCGGAACUGGGACAGCUGCUGGAAUCCCAGGCGGCCAUUAAGGUCUCCCAAAUAUUGCACAAAGCUUUCAUAGAUGUCAACGAAGUGGGCACGGAGGCAGCCGCCGCAACGGCUGCCGUUGUGUCUCUGCGUAGCUUGCCCGUCACGCCAUUGGAUCGCCCAAAGCUCUUUCACGCCAACAGACCAUUCUACUAUGCGAUUUGUGAUCGCAAUCAGGGAAUACUCUUUGUGGGACGAUUUACGGCUGGCGGGGCAACCUAAAGGUUUUGUAAUAAUAAUAA